ACCUCCGUAUUUUUCAGGCUACUCUUUAGUUUGACCUAAUUAAGCACCUGACCCUAAUUUACCUUCCUUUGCCUACUUAAACUGCUUCAGUCCGUUGCCACAAUUGGCUAAGCGAAAAAUGGCUAGGUAUGGUAACGAGACAGUCGACAACUAUAUUUACUCCUCUUACAACCCUUAUUCCUACAAAUAUCCCAAGUUUAAGGGCUGGAGACAGAAAGCUUACUUCGCCAAUUACGGGGAGUCUGAGACCUACUUCGACAACCACCACAGGGCGCAGCUGAAGUCUAUUCUGUCUCAGAUCAACCCGAACCUCACCCCGCGUCUGAGAAAAGCCAACACCAAAGAUAUAGGCGUGCAAGUCAACCCGAAGACCGACGCGUCCGUCCAGUGCUCUCUGGGUCCGCGCACUCUUUUGGCGCGAAAGCGCGAGGCCCUGCGCAAGAGGCGGCAGGAGGUCCAGACACCGGGAAGCCCGGUCAGCGGAGGCGUCCGGUUCCCGCGAACUCAAGCCGUGUAUUCUCCUGUCGCGUCCAGGAGACUGGUAUCCCUCAAGGAGGAGGAAGAGGAGGCGGAGGAUACGGAGCCUGAGGUCUCGGAGAAGGUGGACGGCGCUGAGAAGGUCGAGAGUGCUGAGAGAGACGUGACCAAAGAGGGCGCGGAGCGCGAGAGCGCGAAAAAAAACACGCUUAGUCCCGAGAAGAAUGAAAACACAAAACCGACAGAUACGAAUGAGGAAAACCGUAGCGAGUUGGUGAAAACUGGACAAGACGAACCGAAGUCCAAGGCUCGAGUAAGAUUCCAGUUUUUGGAGCAGAAGUACGGUUACUAUCACUGCAAAGACUGCAACAUGCGCUGGGAAAGUGCUUAUGUGUGGUGUGUCCAAGGCACAAACAAGGUAUAUUUCAAGCAGUUCUGCAGAACAUGUCAGAAAUCAUUCAAUCCAUACCGUGUUGAGGAUAUAACCUGUCAGACUUGUAAGAAGACCCGCUGCACAUGUUCCGUAACGUCGCGUCAUGUGGACCCCAAAAGACCUCACCGGCAGGAUCUGUGUGGCCGCUGCAAAGGCAAGCGGCUCUCCUGUGACAGCACGUUCAGCUUCAAAUACAUCAUCUAGCACAUCUUUGCCAUGCUGUCAAGCUUGGUUGUUGCCUAGCUGGAAUAUCCACUUCAGUAGUCUUUGCAUCCCCUAGACUGCACUGGGGAGACGGACCCAUCCGUCACCACAAUCUCAUUUACUUUUUUGUUUUGCUUUAAUUUUCACUUAAACUGCAGGUACCAGUUCUGAAAAUAAAUAAUGGCAAUUACUAGCAUAUCUGAAGCCAUGAGUCUUUGUGUGAAUGGCAGUGCAUUGGGUUUUGUCUGAAGAGCUAGUUGAAGUGUGUGAAUGGCCUAGUUUGUUUGUACAGUAUCUAUUGGGAUUUUGGGAGUUGUUUACAGGGCAAUAGGACAUGGUUUCCUCACAUCCUUAAUAGAACACCUUGUGUCCUCAAAUUUAUGUGAACCACUGUGGUCCACUCUCCAGUGAAAGGACUUCACAUCCCCUAUUUUGUGUAGUUCGUGAGGCUGGCAUGCUUGAAAUGAAAUGCCAACUUCAUACCUUCUGACUGUUAACUGCCUUUUUAAACUAUGAAACCUUGUCGCAUGACCUUACCACAGUGCCUUAUUGCAAGUUUAAUUUGAGUGGUGUACAGUUUUCUUUAAAAAUGUUUUUUUAAAAGUACUUUCAACAUUCUGUGUAAUGAGAUGGUCAUUUUCAGGGUGAUUCUGUAACUGGGCUCUUUUGACAUCAAUUUAAGUGUACAUUUUUAAAUCGGUGCGCUUUGUCCCACGUCCCGCAUGUCAUGAGCAGUAUUUAUGCAUUUACUCCGUGCCCUCGCAGGGUACUGGAAACUAUCGCAGGCUCUUCAGGUGGAUUAACUGUAUAAAUCCAUGUAAACAUCCGCCAUUCGCGUGAUCGACAACUGGAGCACGAACAGACAGCAUUUCAGAAUCCACACAGGAUUUUAAAAGCUAUGAAAUAGCAAAUGAAGGCAUUGAAGCAUGAUCUUGUUUUGGUUUAUUUCAGCA